AUGGCCACAGCCAUUCUCUCUACUGCAAACACCUUCCUCCCUUCAACUCUGUCCUCUUCUCCAUCUUCUGUUGUUUCUUCUUCAUUGACAAUACCAACAUUAGUUUGUUUCCAAAAUCGAAAUGGCAAGAGACCAUUGGCUGUUUGCAAGGCCCUGAGUGAGCCACCACAAUCAGCUUCUCCAAUUCUGACCAAAAGAAGCCUCUCUAUCUGCUUUGUCACCAGCUUUGUCUUCUCAUUGGCUGGCAAACACUGCUCCAGUUCUAAUGCAGCAAUUCUAGAAGCUGAUGAUGAUGAGGAGCUCUUGGAAAAGGUUAAAAAUGAUAGAAAGAAGAGGCUUGAAAGACAGGGAGUUAUCAGCUCAGCCAAAAAAGAAACAGGAUAUCUGCAGGAACUGGUGUACAGGCUGAGCAAAGCAGGCCAAGCCAUUGAAAGCAACGAUUUGCCAACAGCUAGUUCAGUUCUUGGGGCCAGCACAGAUACAGACUGGGUUCAGAAGGCCAAUAUUGCUUUGAAUAAGCUAAGCUCUAGUCCUGAAGAGAAGACUGAGGUGGAUACUUUCAAUUCAUCCUUGGCUUCGUUGAUAUCAUCAGUUACUCGGAAUGAUGUAGAUUCCUCCAAACUUGCUUUUGUGUCUUCUGCCAACGCAAUUGAGAAAUGGACAUCAUUAACCGGGCUCAUUGACCAGCUUAAGGGACUUUAA